AAACUUCAUUGUUGUGUUACAAUUGGUAGACAAACUCUUGUUUUCUAACUUGUAUGAAUUGGCCAUCGAAGAUACGACUCUAAAUGCAAGGCAUGCAGAUUACUAGUGGUUUUGCCACAACGUGUGGAAAAGGGCCACUACUUCUUGUGCACGGCUAUAAAAGAUAUUAUUGUGGUAGUACACAUAUUCUGAAGAUUUUAUCCGGGCAAUUUGUAUGGAAUAAAAAUAGAGCACGCAGACAGUUUGAGCUUUGGAAAGUUACACCGGCGUUACUUAGCUAUAGGAGCUGCUAUACGAGUGGUAAGGAUAGUUGGUCGAAUACGAAAGGCGUCACAGAUUGCAAAAAUAGUGGAACCAAUAUGGAGAAAAACUCACAGAACCUUUCGGCUGAAGAAGGAAGAGUGAAGCGUAUGAUUUGUUUGUAUAUUGGUUAUGUUGGAACCGACUAUUAUGGUUUGCAAGUGAAUAGACAAGAAGGUAUUAAGACAAUCGAAGAAGAGAUAGAACGAGCACUUUAUUCUUGUGGUUGGAUUGGUGAACAAAACUUUCGUAGAGUUCAAAAAAUUAGUUGGUCUAGAGCAAGUCGAACUGACAAAGGAGUACACGCUUGCGGGAAUGUGAUAGCUUUGAAAGCAUUGUUGAAAGAACAGUGGUUCGAAUUAGAUAGUAACUUUGAAAAGACAAAGCAGAAUACUAGAACGAAAAAUAAUUCUGACGAGCUUGCUUUCAGUAGUCUUGGCUCCUUGAAGAAAGACGUUUUAGAACAGCUGAAUAGAAACCUUCCGGACUCGAUCAGAAUUCUUGGAGUCCAGCCAGUUACUAAACAUUUUGAUGCACGUUCUCGUUGUAAUUUUAGGGCAUAUGAGUAUUUAAUGCCACUAGAAGCAAUACCUGGAGCGUCAGAAAAUAUUGAACAAGCUAUUUGCCGAUUGGAAGAGAUAUUGUCUUUGUUUAAAGGUACUCAUCGGUUUCAUAAUUUUUCAUCUGGUUUGAGAGCAGCACAUAAGAAGGCAAAUGCUCGUUUGGAAGGUUCUGACCCAGGUGAGGAGUUCACAACAGUUAGGAGUGAACAAGUUUCUUCCACCGAGGCAGACAUUGAGGAGAGAAAUAUCGAAGAUGCGAAUAAUAAGGAGCAAAGUAUGAAAAAAUAUGAAGAGAAUGAUGAGAUAGACAUAGAAGAUAACCAAGAAAUGCAGUUUAGUGAUUACCUUUGCAAAGUCAUCCGUCAAUGGCCUGAACAUUCUUCUCAUCGUUUAAAGAGACAAGAGUACAUUCGUUCUGUUUACAUCGCAGAUAUUGAAGGUCCCUUGGAAAUACAAGGUCGAAACUAUGUUUUGUUAAGAUUCGCCGGUCAAAGCUUUAUUCUACACCAAAUAAGAAAAAUGAUUGGAGGAGCGCUUUCUGUAAUGUACGGUAGACUUUCUAUGGAAGCCUUAAAGGUUGCUCUUUAUGGACCGUUUCAGGUUCCAAUAUCUUUGGCACCGAGUGAGCCAUUGAUGCUCGUUUUGUGUGACUUUUGGAACUCGAAAAGAGAAAGAUAUGAACUCAUUCCAAGUCCAGUUACUCAAGAAGCAAUGAAACAUUAUAAAUACAAAAUACUUCUGCCAAGAGUAGCGGAACUUUUAGAACAGAAACGUCCAUUUGAACGUUUCUUUGUGGAAGGUUUAUAUGAUUAUGGUGGAAAUGGAAACCUUCAACGCCUUAUCACAAAGUUUCAUGAAUGGGACGAGAAACGCAGACAACGCAAAGUACAAAAUGUUACGGAGCGUAACCAGGCUAGCUCCACUUCUCAAGAUGCUUUUGCAAAGAAGACUUUCAAUCGUCGAACCGAAAGACCACUUCCUCCAAAGUUGUUUACUCAGUUGGCAGUUGAACUUCGAAUGUUACCAGGCCCUGAACUUUGUCGUAUACGUCAGGCUUUGGUUGACGCGAGAAGGUGUGGAAUGAUUUCCCAGGAUCCAUCCACACAAGAGUGCAUACAAUAUUUGAAACAGAAGCAAUACCUCUAAGCUUUCAUGAACGAAGCAAAGCUUUAUUUAGAAAAGAAUUAGUUCCAUUUUGGCUACGACAGACAGGACAGC